AUGAAAAAGGAAGACGUGGCCUCUUUCGCCGUUUUGAGAGACAAAAAAAUUGAACCUCUCCAAAAGAAGUACAACGACGCUAUAGAUAAAUACCAGCAAGCUGUCGGCAGGCUUCAAAUGGCUAUAACCGAUUCCAUAAAAGAACACCAGGCUGCCUAUGAAGCUAAGGAAGAUUUUCAAGCUGCUUCGGCUUUUAUCGAUUACAUAAACGCUCUAGUCCUCUACAAUUUCUACUCCGCUCAAGUCACCAAAUUCAACAAAGCCGCCGACACUGUCAAAACCAAUGAACAACGCCUAUUCCUCAAAGACGCUAAGGAGAAAGCAGCCGUACGUGCGUCCGUGCAUUUCAGAAACAUGCAAACCGCCCAAAACUAUCAAGAUCGUUACGGCCGCCGUGCCUUAUAUUUCUAUGAUAUGGUCAAGCAGAAGGAAGAAAAGUAUUUUGACCACUUGAAAGAACGCGACAAUUACAAAUUGUUAGCCGGAAGAGCCAUUGACAAGUUCCGCCUUUCCACAUAUAAGGCUCGUGUGGCUGACAAAAAAGCAGGCGUUGCCCAAGCUAUGAAGGUUGCUCUACUAAAGAAGGUCGAGGACGCCAAACAGGAACUCGAAGCCGCAAGAGGCGAGAAACCCACUCAUGGCCCCUAG